GUCGGCCUUUGUUCGCUUCGGGUCGCCCGGCCACCCCCUCUCAGGACCCUUGACGUCGCUGCUGACAUCGCGUCAGCGCCGGCACACGACGGAACGCGUUCGCUCCCGCCGCGAUGCACGCAAUCGCUUUCGCAGCCCUGCUCCGUGCGGAGAUCGCCGUCGUCCGUGCUUGAAGGCAUGGUGAGUUAGGCUGGGCUUCUCCUGUCGUUUUCGCCGGCGCGUUGGGCGGACUUGAGUGCGCACGUGGUGGAUCGGCGGCGCGUGGUGACAUGGUGUCCGCUGCUUUCGAAACACGAGGACAGUUUCGCCGCGACGGUCGCGCGACACUGGACACCUGAAGUGCGGUGCAGACGGGCAAGUGAACCUGGGGCAGUAUGAACCGGAUUAAAAAGAGACCCUGGGGUGUGUGGCUGCUGACACUGGCUCUAUCGGUCCUCCUCAAGCUUCAUGUCAAAGGAGACGUUGACGACCUGCGAGAAGAAGAGCUGCCGCCUUACUUCGCGGAGGUCAUCCCCAACGUCACGGUACCCCGAGGACGGGACGCCAGGAUCCCCUGCGUCAUCGACAACCUAGGAUCUUAUCGGCCCGCUUGGAUAAAGGUUGAAGACAAAGGGAUCCUGAGCAUCCAUCAGCAGGUCAUCAGCAGAAACUAUCGCAUUUCGUUGAGCACCAGCGACAACCGAAACUUCGUGCUGCACAUCAAGAACGUCCAGGAGUCGGACAAGGGCGGCUACAUGUGCCAGAUCAACACGUCACCCAUGAUGAGCCAGGUCGGCUACCUCGAUGUCCUUGUGCCCCCGGACAUCGUGGUGGAGGAGAGCAGCUCGGACGUUGUGGUUCGGGAGGGCUCCAACGUGACGCUCAUUUGCAAGGCCAAGGGCUACCCUCGCCCCACCAUCUCCUGGAGGAGGGAAGACAACGAGCCCAUUCCGCUGGGCUCCUGGAAGAACGGCAAAAAGACGCAGACUCUGGUACAAACGUACGAAGGCGAGUUCCUGACCGUGACUCGCGUAAGCCGAGUUCACAUGGGGGCUUAUCUCUGCAUCGCCAACAACAACGUGCCUUCGCCCGUGAGCCGGAGAAUCAUGCUGCACGUGCACUUUCCGCCGGUGAUCUGGAUCCCGAACCAGCUGGUGGGAGCUCCUCCUCGCACCAACGUGACCCUCGAUUGCCACAGCGAGGCGUACCCUCCGGCGGUGAACUACUGGGCCAAGGAGGGCCACAAGAUCUUCCUGAAUAACGACAAGUUCCUGGUGAGCGUGCGCAAGAUAGGCUACAAGACGCACAUGCAGCUCACCGUCAGACAACUCCGCGAGCACGACUUCGGCGCCUACAAGUGCCUCUCCGAGAACCUCCUCGGAGCCACCGAGGGCUCCGUGAAUCUCUACGAGCUCCCCAUGGAGAAGCACAGACACGGCAGGAACCGGACAGCCUUCCAUCAACUGGCCACGCUCGGAAAACUGUCUCCGCACUCUCGACAGCAGCAGAGCCUCGAUUCGCAGCAGGCUGACAAGCACCCCUACGGUCGUAAUUCCUAUCACGACGGAAAGUAUUUCGCAUCUGAGGAUUCUUACUCGGACGAGGAUGACUCUCAUGAUGAGACAUCUAGAUAUGGCCCCAACAACGGACCGUCGACGUUUUCCAUAGCCCUUGCCGCUCUCCUCGUCGCCCAGUUUCCCGUAGCGCUGCUCUGUUUGUAGCGCCUGGGAUGCCACGCCAUCUUUACGGCCUUCGCGGAUACGUCAGUCAAGCACACAUGCGCCUGCGUCUCGCUGGUGCACGAGGUCCCAUCCCGAGGUGCUUCGAAAGUGAUGUCCUAGAAAACAAAAGAGCAAUAGCGCCGUGUGGACGUGGAAGAGCAAUCGACACAGGGCGAAGCAAGAACAAUCGCCUGCCAUAUACCGAGGACGUGAGGAGCGUCGGUAUGACUCUGGUGCCCGGAGCACGUCUCCCUCCGACUGGCGUACCUACCGCGUUCUGAAAAGUGGUCCCUCGAUUUCCAUCUCAUGACGUCGUAGGAGUGUCGUGCUGUCGUCGGCGGCGAUCGCGGUGGUGCCACAUCAGCUAUGCUGGAUGUGGGUGGCAGACGCCCAUGCUGCUGCAAGUCCCUCUCCGGCUUGGCAGUCCAAGGAAGCUUCCGCAGCCCGGAGUUGAGACCCGCUGACGACCCUGACACUCGCGUUCGCUCGAUCUUUUUUCCAGGACAUCUGGCACCCACACCUAGGAUCGCGGCACCACAGAAGCCGGCAUGACAUGUCGGCUAUGUGACGUCAUUGGCUGCCACUUCCUGACCACCUUUUGGCGUAUGGGCGGGAGGGGACGCUUAACACAGCGGGCGAAGACGUGUUCCGGGCAUCGCAGUACGACCUUCGCCUGCUUUCGCUUAGCGUUCUGUUACAGCGGUGUGAUCGAGCGUUGAGAGGCUCAAUACACCCAAAACGAGGAAGAUUCCAGCAGAUAACGCUAUUACGAUGUAGUGUGUUGUUUCCCCUUGAAAUGGCGUUGAAAAUGUGUUCUGAAAUACUGGUGUCGGGAAGAGGUAUUUGGGGAAGUGUUUAGCAUAAAUUGUAUUUUUGAUAUCAAUCGGGAGUAUUUCGUUUGAAACUGAGGUGCUACACCACACUUCUCGGGUGAAUGUGACACAUUCGCAUUGAAUUUUUCGCGAUAACAUAGUGUAUCGCCUAAAUUAUUACGCAAAUUGAUGAAAUUGAGAGCACAAACUUGAGAAUGAACUUAGCACAAAAGUCAUUGCCUAUAAGGUGAUCAUUUUAGCCCGUCCUUUUUCAUUUCGUCCUAGCUAGUGCCGAAUUAUUUUGACGUCGAGUCCCCAGCAGCGCCCCUCCCCCUCGCCCGUUCCACACGUGUUUAUUUUUCUAGAAAUCAUCAUUCGUUCAUAUGUAAAAUAUUACGAGAUAAACGUAUCAUAGUCGCGCGACAGAUAAGCGAAAUACUGGAUAAGAUGGGUGCAGAAGUAGAGUCUUUUAGAAGAGAUGUUAUCAUUUCCUUGAUGCGCGACAUGUGAUGGCCUCUAAGGCCACAUGACUCUUUCCUAGCGCCAUCGGCUACAUCGCAAGAUGGGGAGAACGCAUGACAUAUCUCACCUCUAUGAUUUUCUUAUCGAGGUUUGGUAAGACAAUUGACGGCAUUGUUACAAAUACCAAUACAGAUGGUGUAAUAUAAAUUACGUGGCAGAAGAAAAAAAAACUUUAGGUGUGUGAUACUUCCUUUGUGUCAAGAGGAAACAGGAGCUGAAAAUAAAAAAAAAAUAGAAAGCA